AUGGUUAAAAUAAAGAAGAAUUUGUUGGAUUACGUGAAGACAGUCGACCACAACAUCUCUCUGUCGAUCUACCGGUUCGGUGGCAAACAUAUCGGCGCCCACUGGCCAUCAUAUCAGUUGACACUUCGGGCGUUGGAGUACUCAUGUCAUGGCAUCCCAUGGUUUGCCGUCGCUAUCAUCUCGCUAUACGUGGUCCCCAACAACAAAAGUGUGGCCCAACUCUUAGCCGGUCUGCUGCUGGACGUGAUAUGCGUGGCCAUCAUGAAGGCGACGACACGGCGUCGACGGCCGGCAUAUGCCCGACAGGACGACCAGCUCGCGGUGAUGGGUCCGGACAAACACUCCCUGCCAUCCGGUCACUGCUCCAGAGCUACAUAUGUGGCCCUCUUCUGCGGCAAUCACUCGCUCCUAUCGUUACUCAUAUGGAUGUGGUGUCUGUGUGUCUGCGCCUCGAGACUACUUCUCGGUCGACACCAUCUCUUGGAUGCAGUGAUCGGCGUAUUCUUGGAAUGCUUGAUAAUUGUCCACUACUUACCACAUAAUGUGGCAGAAGCGAGUAUAUUGCAGCACAUCCUGCACUACAUCAGAGGUAUCUUUGGGUUGGACCCAAACCACCGUUUGAUUAUGACCCCGAUUACAGUCAAUACUAGUACAUCAAAACAAAAGGGAUACUCUGAAACAGCGGACGAACAGCAACAGCAGAAUAUAAGGAAACGUAAUUCUGGUGAAAAUGAACAGUUCCCGUCUGAAGAGAUAUGUAAAACUACCCGUCAAUGGGAACAGGUGAACACAACACAUGAUUUGUAUGAUAAUAAAGUAGAAGUGGUUCAGGAAGAGGAACUCCAGCAGUUUGUCUUUUCUUACCGGUGCACUAAUCUUAAGGGCCAGUGUUUAGGAAUAUCGCCGCUCUAUCACAGCGAAUGUACCGAAAGGAAUGGCUGGAUGUAUAUGUACUACAAACAGGCCAAUAACAAACCCCCGCAAUGGGGUUAUGUAUCAGCCCCCCAUCACUGUGCCUGCAAACUUCAGCCUAAAUUCAUUCCAACGGUUGCCACAGAAGAAAAUUAAUUAAUUAAUGAAAUACUGGAAGUGAUUAAAGAAUACACUUAAAUAUGAAUG